GAAUAUAUUGUGGACAGCCUCCAAAUAUUACUGCUGGAUUUCACAAUGGAAAUGCAACCACUUACCCUGUUGGAACAAUAGUACAUUACAGUUGCAGUAAAAAUCUUUCCCUUAUUGGGGCAUCCUUUAUGGUCUGCAGUGCUAAUGAAAAUCUAACCGGACUAUGGAAAGAGAAACCACCCAUAUGCAAAGGGGUAUUCUGUAAAGAUCCAGUGGUAGAACAUGGAAUACAGAUAACUCAACCUGAGAAGCCAUAUAUGUAUGGAAGCAAAGUUAUAUUUCAAUGCAAAAGUGGGUAUUUUAUGAUUGGAAAUUAUUUGAUUCGAUGUGAAAAAAACAGCAUUUGGGUUCCCAUAGUACCAUCAUGUAAAAAGAUUUCUCGAGGCAUAUGUGGUCCUCCAUUGAUUCUCAAUGGCAACAUACAGCCUUUCCAAUCUCAGUAUGAAACUGGAAAAACAGCUGUCAUAACUUGCAACCAGAACUAUUCUUUUAUUGAUGACACCAUAAUAAUGACUAUACAGUGUCAAGGUUAUAAUCUCUGGAAUCCUCCUGCACAAUUAUGUUUCC